CUUUUUCAAAUAUCUGAAUAUCCAGCAAAAAAUUGUCCCUUUUCAAGCAAAAAGCUCCAGUCUUUGGUUUCUGAACCUUCUUCUACAGCAGCCUAGGGUUUCCCAUGGACGGCAUGAACGACCAUGAGAGAGCCAUUGCUUGGCUUUGGGCCAUUGAAGCCCUCGCAAGCUUCAAACAAGUUGACGCAUCGCUUUUACACGAUUUGAUUGCGUUGGCUCCACCAUUGCCUGAUGAUAUGGGGAAUAAUGCAAAGGAAAGGGUUGCUUUGAAAUCUUUGGAGAGUUUGUUCAAGUUCGAUUCUUGUAAUGUGACGAGUGGUGAUGUUCCUUCUUCUGCCCAGCGUUCGAAAAUCGGCUUUAAUUUGACGGAAACUUGUCAAAAUGUUCUCAAACGCAUUGUAAAUGAGACGCCAGAAUCUGAUUUGAGAACGGGUGGACCGGGGCUGUUGAAAUGGGAUAUUCAACCCUUUAUUAUGCAUAAAAGAGCUUCUUUGCCCAAAUGUGCAUUGAAACAGCUGAAAGAUUCGAUUCUUGAUGGCACACAUCUACAUGCAGACGUCUUGAGAAAAAAAGGCGGUUUAACACUUAGAAAUGAUGGAAAUAGAGUUCUUUUGAGAGAUAGUAAUCCCAGGCUCAAUGAGAGUGGCUCUAAUGCUCAAAGCAUGGGAGUCAAGGGAAUCGCAGAUCCUCUGAUUAUUGAGCAUGAGAAUAAACUAUUGGAAGAAUAUCUGAGUAAUGCAAAUCUAUUUCCUUCCAAAAGGCAUAGGAUUUCCUCAGAUGCUGAAAACAUGGAAGAUGACAACCAUAGUAGCGUGAAUGAUUAUGAUGACUGGAAAAUAAAAUCCAAGAAGAUGAAGCGGGAUGCCUCUUACAUUUCAGAGUCUACAGAACAGAACCAAAUUCCUUUACAUGGAAAAGAACAGUUGGAAGAUUUGUCUGAGAGGGAAAGCUGUGACUUGGCUGAAAAUCAGAUGGGAAUGAUGGAGGAAGGCGUGGUCUUAGAGGAUUGUAUUGAUAUUUAUACUUCCUCAAAGAGAUGUGGACAAAGCAGCGGCGAUGCAAUCCUUAAGAGUCAGUCAGAAAAUCAUCUUAAUGCCACUUCAAUGCCUCAAGAUAAAUUUAUGGAUGAAGCCCAUCAAAAUUUAUGUAUUGAUCAAGCCAAAGAUGAUGGUGGGAUUCAUCCUGAACCAAUAACAUCAAGUGUUGCUCCUCCAGAUGGAACUCAACAAAAAGUUUCUGCUAAAGUAGCAACUUGUAACAAUGAGCAUGAAAGUCAUAUUAAAGCAUCACCUCCUGUUUCUACCGAGGGACCCCAAAACAAGAGCAUCUCUGAAAGCGGCAAUGGCUUGGUUAUGGAGAAUCUGGCAGAUGAAAACCAUAAUAGUGUAAUUGGUUGUGAUGAUUGCUGUGUAAUUACCAAGAAGAUGAAGUGGGACCCCUCAUAUGUUUUACGGUCUAUAGAGAAGAACCAAAUUCCUCUACAUGUAAGAGAACUGUUGGAAGAUUCAUCUGAAAGAGAUGUUCCACUUCCGGAGAGAGAAAGGUGUGACUUGGCAGAAAAUCAGAUGGGAACAAUGGACAAAGGCAAGGUCAUAGAGGAUGGUCAUGAUGAUCAUACUACCUCAAAGAGGUGCGGACAAAGCACUGACCCUGCAGUCAUUAAAAUUCAGACAGAAAAUCCUUGUAAUGCCGGUUCAUUGCCUCAAGACACAUUUCAGGAUGAAGUCCCUAAAUAUACAUAUAAUGAUGAAGCGGAAGAUGAUGGUGGCCUUCAUCCUGAACAAAGAGCAUCUGUUGUUGCUGCUCCAGAUGAAACCCUGCAUAAGAUUUCUGCUGAGGUAUUCAAUCGUAACAGUGAGCAUGAUUUUCAUGUUGAAGUAUCACUUCCUGCAUCCACAGAUGAAUCCCAACAGAAAAGCAUGGCUAAUGAAGGUAAAGGCGAUGAACAUUGUCCUGAACCGAGAACUUUAGGUAUAGCUUCACUUGAUGAAACCCAGAAUGAUUCUAACAGUGAGUGUGAUUCUCAUAUUAAAGUGGCACAUCCUGCAUCUGACGAGGAGUCCCAGCAGAAGAGUAUUGCUAAAGAAGCGAGAGAGCUCUUGGACUGGCUAUGUCAUUAUGAAUCAAAGACCAUGACUGAUAGUGUUGAAUUUCAUGAUGAGAAGAUUGAUGCUGUCAUGAAGAAGCAUGCUUUGUUGAGCUCUCAAUCCACAGCCAGUCAAUACUCCGAGACAACCAAAAAUGUUUGUAAGAAGCCUAAUGAAGGCGGUCUGUUGAUCUGUGAUACCAGUAAUUGCCCUGUUGUGGUUCAUGAAAACUGGCUGCGUUCCUCAGACAUUUUAUAUGAGAAGGAUAACUUUAAAUGCCCCUUCUGUUCGUAUUCUCUUGCCCUUACUGAAUACCUUGAUUCUAAGAAAAGAGCCUCAAUGUUGAAGAAAGACCUAGAUGCAUUUAUUCAUACUCUGGAACAUCAGCCAAAAGAAAGCCUCGGAAGCGAGCACAACAAAGAGAAUAUCUGCAUGAGAAAAUUUCAUGAGGAUCUGAAUGCGAAAACUAAAAAUCAUCAGAAUGGGCAUUUGGGAAAGAGUGCAGAACAUCUCGGAAAGCAAUGUGAAGAACGUGAAAAUGAAGUCAAUUACCCUCAACUACAGAAUAUUAUAGGCACCGAGCAACAAGUAGCACCGUCUGGAUCUUGUAUUCCUAACAAUUCAGAGUCUAGAGAUGAAAGUGUAACUCUAGUUGGUAUAAACUUGGAUGUAUCAACUGGUGAAAAAAUAUGGAAAGAAAAGGUGAUCCAGAAGUGCAUAGCUGUGGUAGGGCUUGAUGGAUGUCAGAACCAAGUACCAGCUAAAGGUGAUACUUUGUCCGUUAAAAAUACAGUAAGCCUCCUUGUUGACCAAAGACAAGCUGUAGUAUCUGAGAAAGGAGGUCUGCAGCAGCACAUUAAUUAUGCGCCAAGGGAACCAGGCCAUGCACUUAAUGUUGAUUCUGAGCAAGCUGGUGCUCAGAAGUCUAGCACUUCCAAUUACAACACAAGACUCCGGAAGAAAAUUCCCUACACAUCCCCGCCCAUCUCUCAGUUAAGGCGGGUAAAAGUUCCGUGGAGCAUUGAGGAGGAAGAAAUGCUUAAGAAGGGAGUUCAAACCUUUUCAAGAAUUGAUGAAAGAACUCUUCCAUGGAAGCAAAUAUUGGAGUUUGGUGGUUCUGUGUUUCUGCAUAGUCGUACGCCAGGGGACCUUAAGGACAAAUGGAGGAACAUAUGCAGACGGCGUCCGAAGUCGAAUUGAAGUGAUGAUGAAUUUGAUGGAUGAAGAGAAGGGAAAAAGUCGCAGUUGUGGUGGAUGACAUGAUUGACACAGCUGGAUCCAAUUUGAAGAAAUCAGCAUGCUCUUAAGGAGCCGAACCCAGUCUUUGGACCAUUUUGGCCAGAGAACUUGGUCAGUCCGUAGCAAGAUUGGGGAAUGAUUGGAGAAACUGUACUAACCACAUCCAUCUCAGGUUUAAAUUGCAAAAGGUUUCUCAAAAUUUGUUCUGGUCACGAAUCAAGAUAUACAACUGCAUAACUUAAUGACAAAUGUGGUUACCAGAAUCACACGUUAACUGAUCUGUUCUAAUUUCAAUCACGAGGGACCAUGUGUUUGAACUCAACUAUGGAAUUAAAUUUUUUGAAGAGAUGAGAAACCUCGGUUCAUUGACAGGACCAUCUGAUAGCUUAUUUUAUAUCUGUUUCCAGAUCUGUAAGUUACAUUUUCUACUGUUAGUUGUGAGUUCAACUUGUUGCUUGUCUUGGCAGUUUUGUGGCAGGUAGGUAUGUGUUUUGGUAUUUUGUGCUUACUCCGAGUUUGACGGAUGAUGGAGAUUAUUUUUGUCAUGCCAAAGGGGAAUAUGGGCGGAGUUGAGGAAGUAGGAGUUAGUCAUUGCCAGCCCUUGAUGUUAUUUAUGCUGUGCUGAUAUGCUUUUUUGGGGAUGUUGUUAAUCUGUAAAUAGAACUGCAUGCAACAAGCCACAAGACUGUCUUGUUGCCAUAAUUCUUAUGAAAAAUGAGGAAAAAUGCUACUGACCUAUUUAAUCGAACUUUCUCAUUCUGUUUUUUUGGUUGUCCUUAUUAUGCAAUGUUGCACGAUGAUCUGAACCGUUUACUUUCUAGUUUUCCCCAUCAAUAUCAGCUCCACAAAAAAUGAUUCAUAAAAUGUUAAA